AUGAGCAAUAGUUUUUUGCAUUGUAAAAAAUCAAAUGAUGAAUUUGCAGAGAAUUUAAUAUGGAGAAGGAAUUUAUUGACAGUAUUUGAAAAGUUGGGAGAAAAAGAUCAAAUAGCUCAUGCAAUGCAAUAUUUGAUAUCACAAGUUCAUGGAUUAUUAAAUUUAAAUCAAUUACAAUUUUUUAUGGAUUGUAUUGUUGAAAGUAGUGAGGAUUUUAAUAAUAUUGGUAAGAGGGAAGUUAUAAAAUUAUUAGGUACAAUGGUAUCAAUAUUUAGGAAUAGAUUAUCAUCAUAUCUCAAUAAGAUCAUUUCAUUCAUAAUUAGAAGAUUAAGUGAACCAACAUCAUCAGGAUUAUUAGAGAUAACAUUGGAAACAUUGGGUAUAACUUGUAAUAACAUUAUCAUUGAACAAAAACAUUUAUUUAAAACCAAUGGUGGUAUUGGAAGUUGUAAUGUAAAUAUCAAUGGAAGCAAUCUAUCCAAUAGUCUAAGUAGUAACCCAACUCAACAACAACAGCAACAACAAUUAUCAAUUUCAACUAGUCUAAUCGAUGUUUAUUUAAAUCCAAUAUUAAUGAUAAUCAAUCUACCAAGUAGACAUAUUCAAUGUGCUUCCAUUCUGGCCAUUCAAAAAGUGAUUGAAAAUAUUUAUGAUAUAAAUAACUUACUUUGUCCACAAUUACCAAAGAUUUUAAAUCAACUUUUGAAAAAGUUAAUAAAUGUUCAAUUACCAUCAUCAUCAUCGGCUUCAAUGUCUUCAUUUUCAACUCAGUAUUGUGUACCACAUAUACUUUCAACCAUUUCAAGUUUAUUUAAAAUGGUUGGAUCAAAUUAUUUCAUUUAUCAUAAUUCUCUAUCUCAUUCUUUAAUUGAUCAAAUCAAUGGUACUCUAAUUUCAAAUUCAAUAAGAACUUUAACUUCAAAUGAUUGGACUGCUAGAAAUUCUUCUGCAACUUUAUUACAAACUAUUGUAGAUAUUCUUCCAAAAUCAUUUUAUUUUAAUAGGAUAAAUGAUAUUCUAAAAUCUUUAAAUGAUUGUAAAUAUGAUAAAAUAAAAUCAAUUAGAGAUAGUGUAAAUAAAUCAAUUCAAUUAUAUAAUGAAUCACUUUUAAAUAAUACAAAUACAAAUAAUAAUAAUAAUAAUAAUUUAGAUAGUAGUAAUAAUAAUCAUAAUAAUAAUAAUAUAAACGAAUCAAAUAAUAAUUUUUAUAAUCAGCAUAAUCCACCAAUUAAUAUUGUUAGUAAUAUACCGACAACUCCACCAUUUAUAGAAGCUAAAUUUAAUAAACAAUUUCAACAGCAACAGCAACAACAAAAUCAAUCAAUUUAUAAUUCACCUUUAUUAAAGUCACCACGUAAGACUUCACCAACUACACCAUCAACGCCAACAUCAACACCACCAAUUCAUUCACAACCAAGUCCAUAUAAAAAGUAUACACCAUUAUCAUCACCAUCAUUAAGUAGUAAGAAAAUUACAUCUUAUUCUUCAAUGUCAUUAUCAUCUUCAUCCUCUCAAUCAUCCAAUAGUGGUAGUUUUAAUAUAUCAAAUACUACCACUACAAACCAAUUACCAUCGGCUUUUAAAACGAGUCCAACACCAUCUUAUUCAAAUUCACCAAUUUUAAAACCAACUACAACUUCAAUUAAUUUAAAUACCACUUCUAAAAUACCAACAAACUUUAAAGAAUUUAAUAUAUCUUCCUCUUCAUCACUUUCUACUUCGCCUUUAAUAUUUUCAAAUAAUAAACAAGAAUUACAUCAACAACAUCAACAUCAACAUCAACAACAUCAACAACAAAUUGAACAAAAACAAAAACAUCAUUAUCGGUACACAGAUGAAGAAAUAAUUCAUAUGGUUGAUAAUAAUAAUAAUGAGAACGAAAAUGAAGAUAAUAAUAAUAAUAAUGAUAAAAGUGAUAAUGAAGAUAAUAAUAAUAAUCAAGAUGAAACAAAUAUUUUAACUUUAUCAUCACUUGUGAAAUCACCAAAUCCAAAACCAAUAAUAUUUUCACCUUCAAAAUCAACAAAUAAUACUACAAAUAAUUCAUCAUCGUCAUCAUCAUCAUCAUCAACAACUACAACAACCUCAUCAUCACCAAAAUUAAAUAUAAAACCAAAAGAAACUAUUACAACUACAACUACAAUUACAACUGAAGAGAAUGAAACAUUGAAAUUAAUUCACGAAAUGAUGAAUUCAAUGAACGAUUUUAUGAUUGAAACUCGUGAUAAUAUUGAUCAAAUUAAAAAAAGGUUAGGCGUUGUUGAAUCUUCAGUUUUAACACUUCAAAAAUAUUAUUUAACAAAAUGA